UUUAUUCGUGAGUUUGGUGGGGGGCCGUGAAUGCACCGUGACGUAAAACUCUUGCGACGCACGUGUGGACGUCGCGAGGAGCAGAGAUGGACGCGGAGAGGCUACAGUUUCAUGAAAUGGGCUUAGACGACCGUCUUUUAAAGGCGGUUGCAGAUCUGGGUUGGUCCCAGCCCACACUGAUCCAGGAGAAGGCCGUCCCUUUGGCUCUGGAGGGGAAAGACCUUCUGGCUCGAGCCCGGACCGGUUCUGGGAAGACUGCUGCUUAUGCCAUACCUGUCAUCCAGCGCAUCCUGACCUCCAAACAGAGCGUUCGUGAGCAGGAUGUGAGAGCUCUGGUCCUGGUACCGACCAAAGAGCUGGGUCAGCAGGUCCAGAACAUGAUGAGAAAGUUAGCAGCGUACUGUUCGAGGGACGUCCGAGUGGCCGACAUCUCCGGAAAAGCCGACCUAUCAGCACAGAGGCCGAUCUUAAUGGAGAAGCCUGAUGUGAUCGUGGGGACGCCGUCCCGCGUGCUCGCCCACCUCAACGCCCAGAACCUGGUCCUGCACUCGACCCUUGAGAUGCUGGUCGUAGACGAAGCCGACCUGCUUUUCUCUUUUGGCUUCGAGGCGGAUCUGAAGAACUUGUUGUGUCACCUGCCGAAGAUCUACCAGUCGUUCCUGAUGUCGGCUACUUUCACUGAGGACGUUCAGGCCUUAAAGGAGCUGCUGCUUCACAACCCGGUGAUCCUGAAGCUUCAGGGCUCUCAGCUCCCUGGCGGCAGUCAGCUGCAGCAGUACAGCAUCAAGUGUGAGGAGGAGGACAAGUUCCUGCUCAUCUACACGCUGCUGAGGCUGCGGCUGGUUCAGGGCAAGACGCUGGUGUUUGUGGGAGCGGUGGACAGAUGCUACAGACUCAAGCUGUUCCUGGAACAGUUCAGCAUUCCUGCCUGCGUUCUCAACUCCGAGCUGCCCGUCCAGUCCAGGUGUCACAUCAUCACUCAGUUUAACCAGGGGUUUUACGACUACAUCAUCGCCACAGACGAGCAGAGUUUGUCCACUCCAGCCGGUGCCGCGCAGACAUCUGAAGGCAAAGGCAAGAGGAAGGCGACAGAUAAAGGAGCAAAGGGUAAAGACAAAGAGUACGGAGUCUCCAGAGGCGUGGACUUCCAAAAUGUUUCCAACGUCAUCAACUUCGAUUUCCCCACAACUUUCGAUUCGUACAUUCAUCGAGUUGGACGAACGGCGAGAGCAGACAACCCCGGCACCGCUCUGUCCUUCGUCUCCAACACUGAGACUGGUUUUCUGUCAGAGGUGGAGGAAGCUCUGAUGGGAGAUAAUGCUGAUUGUGUUCUGAAACCUUACCAAUUUAAGAUGGAGGAGAUUGAAGGCUUCAGGUACAGGUGCAGGGACGCCAUGCGCUCAGUGACCAAGCAGGCGGUGAGGGAGGCCCGACUGAAGGAGAUCAAACAGGAGCUGCUCAAUUCAGAAAAACUCAAGACGUAUUUCGAGGACAACCCGAGAGAUCUGCAGCUGCUCAGACACGACAAAGACCUCCAUCCUGCCGUCAUCAAACCUCACCUGAAGAACGUGCCAGAGUACCUCGUCCCAGAGACUCUGAGGAGCGUGGUGAAUCCGCUGUCGGCCAGGAGGAAGAAGCUGAGGAAGGAAAAACAGGAAGGAGUCGCCAAACCCAGUUUCAAGAAGAACGUCCAGGGGAAGAACCCGCUCAAGAGUUUCCGUUACACCGGAGGGAAGAACAGAAAAGGCAAAGCCGGCAAGUCGUAGCUGCAGCAGCAGGACACGUGAAUGUGAAUCAGUCCUGGAAGUUUGAACUGUGCAGAGACCUUCAGCAGGAGAGCGGUUCUGUCUGCGGUGUUGGCCGAGGCCAGACUAAUAUAAUCGUAUGGACUCUGGAUUUAACGGGCUGUUGAAGCUGUUUGGACCACGGACGAAAUGGAUUUUGAAUACUGACUCAUGUCGACUUUGAAGCAAGAAGAAAAAAAAAAAACAGACCUAAAAUCUGAACUUGGAUUAUUUUGAAUCCAAACGUAGGCUGAGAUGAUCAGAAACACAUCAUUCAUAUUAUCUAAUUUCUGAAGCAUUUACUCUGGAAAAUGUUCAUUUUAAUAAAAUUAUUUCUUAACAAAUA